AUGGAAGCCUUAGAUGCUGAGAUGGAGGAGAUUGCCACUAACCGUGGGGUUGAGAAGUGGAGCAAAACAGAUAUGGAUUACCUUGAAAACUGUGUUUUUGUCGAUGAAUCAGCCUUCGAUAUCAAUAUGAGACCUCCAGGAGGACGGUCUAUUAAGGGCACACCAGCUAUUGUAAUCACUCCUACCAUCAGAGCAGUAUCAUACACAGUUUUGGGUACAAUCUCGGUGAAGUAUGUCGUGUCAAUGGAGCUUCGAAAUCCUCAGGAACACACAUUCAAAAGGCUAAAAAUCGAUUCUGGUAAUCGCAAAAGAAAAGCACUAUCAAAACCAAAGAAGUCUGUCUCCAAGGGAACUGUCACUGGCCAUUAUAUGAAUUUUAUUCAGAAAACAAUGCAUUAA